CACACAGGUACACAGGAUACUGAGGUUUGGUGAGAGAGGACAAGAGACAGAGAACAGCCACUGGUUGCUCAUAGACACUCAAGGUUUCAAGGAGGGCACUGACAGCCUGCUCUAUGUGUGGCUCCUCUCAAGGCUUUACAGCCUCCUCCUCUCAGUGCACCACAGCCAUGUUAACCUCAGAAAGGCCACCGCAAAGCUCAGGGAUCAUCACAGCAGCCAUGCCAGAGACACAGGAUGUAGACAUGACAUCAUGGAGCGAGGCAGACUUUGAGAAGUGCACUUAUAUCGUGAAGGACCAGCCUCUGGAGGAAGAGUUCAAAAACAACUGCAGGUCACAAGCUGAGAGAUCCUUACCCAGGAACCUGGCUCUGAAACGCUGCCACAACUCCACAGAGGUGCUUGGGGUGACCAGCAAGGAGCUGAUUCCUAAGGGGACACGUUUUGGCCCUCUGGUGGGGGAAAGCUACACCAAUGAAACGUUGCCGAAAGAUGCGGACAGGAAGUACUUCUGGAGGGUCUUCUUGGAUGGGCAUCUACACCACAUCCUGGAUGGUUUGAAUGAGGAGCGGAGCAACUGGAUGCGUUACGUCAACCCAGCCUGUGCUGUGAAGGAGCAGAACCUGGUCGCGUGCCAGCACGGUUUGAACAUCUACUUCUACACCAUAAAACCACUUCAGCCGGGCCAGGAGCUUCUGGUGUGGUACUGCCCUGAAUUUGCCCAGCGCUGUAACUACCCCCCACUGGGCCAACUGGCUAUUGACAGUAUUGAACAGAAUCAAGCUCAGGAGAAGACAGCAGGGAAAAGAGGACACAGUGUCUCUGAAAUCCUCAGAGACGAGCCUUCCAAAUCCCUGACUACCUGCCCCAAACGUCUGGACAGUCCUUUGUCUCAGACCAACCUCUCAGCGUUUUUUCCCUUGUGUCCCCGUGUUGUCUACCCAAUCCAGCCCCACUCAGAAUCUAUCCACGGCCAUAGAUAUGCAACUCUACCAUCUCUGCCAUCCUGUAGCCCUCCAGCUGCCAAAAGGCCAGCUCUAAGCAGCCCUGUCCCCUCUAGUUUGCACUUCACCUUUCAGCACAGUCAAGGCCCUGCUAUAGCCAAACCUUACCAAGAGCCUUCUGUGCCUUAUCGAGUUCCUCCUGCUCUGAAGCAUGCUCCCUAUCUACUGCCUCACUACUCACUCGGCCUUAACAGCAUUCUACCUCAUUCAUACCCAUACUACAGCGAUCGACUGAAGCCUAACUUAACACUUUCUUCUCAUUUACUGCCUUUCGACGGCUAUGCACACUUCCUCCAUCCUCUGGCCAACGGACACAAAGACUUGACCCUUGCACUAUCCAACACCAAACAAGACCUCAUUCUGUCACCAACCAGUGAGCACAAAGGCAACAAGGACCUCGUAUCCAAAAGGACAAACUACCUCAGGACCUCCUCAGAUGAUUUUAGAGAUUUCAAACACUCUCCUCCCAGCAAUGCCAACGCAGACCGCACUAUACCUGCCGCAUCCAGUACCUCACCCGUGGUCACCUCACUUCGCAGAGCACUGCCCUCUCUUGCAAGUGGAGGACGCUCACCACCAGUGGGCAUGGGCGCCUUUUCAGACUGCCUUCCUUCCAAACCCACCUCCGCCACUCAGAACAAUACUGAGGAUGCCAUGGACCUCAGGAAGAUGAAACAAGGCGGGCAGAUUAUUGGCUACAAGACUCUGUCUUACCCUCUCACCAGACAGAAUGGAAAAAUCCGGUAUGACUGCAAUAUUUGCGGAAAGGUCUUUGGGCAGCUGUCCAACCUCAAGGUCCAUCUGCGAGUGCACAGCGGAGAGCGUCCCUUCAAGUGUCAGACCUGCACUAAGAACUUCACUCAGCUGGCCCACCUGCAGAAACACUACCUUGUUCACACAGGAGAGAAGCCUCAUGAAUGCAAGGUGUGCCAUAAGCGGUUCAGUAGCACUAGUAACUUGAAGACCCACCAGCGGCUACACUCAGGUGAGAGGCCUUACCAAUGCAAGCUCUGCCCAGCCCGCUUUACACAAUUCGUACACCUCAAGCUCCACAAGCGCCUCCACACUGGAGAACGACCUCACAGGUGUCCCCGCUGCCCCUGUGCUUAUCUCCACUACUGUAGCCUUCAGGUACAUCUCCAAGGCUUCUGCCCUCUCUCCCCCUCUGCCUCCCAAAGACACUCACCAGAGGAGCUACAUCGAGUCAACUCAGAGAUCGAGAGGUUUGAUAUGAGUGAGGCGGCAGAGCAGCUCGAGGCCAUGGCUGCAGAGGCAGAGAUGGACAAGGGGAAUGUUAUUGACCUAAUAAAGAAGAUGGAGACUCAGACUUCUGGCCACCAGGAUGGUGCCAGAGAGGGGACAGAGCUGAGCAUCUACAAAGCAAAGGAGUGUUCUGCUGUUCCGCUGCAUCGUGGCAGCCCUCUACCUCUGCAUCCAACCAGCAUCAAGCUGGAGUCUGGCUGCAUAUCAGAGCCCUAAGACAGCCCUGCUAAUCCAGCCAUAUAAUCCUUACAGGUCAACUCAGCAGCUGUCUGUUACUGCCCUAUUUGAAGUAAAGCCUUAUCUCAAUCAUGGAUUGCCUAGCCUAUACUCUACAGUAGCAUGUGAAGAAUCAAAACUUUACCAGCAUGGCCUGGGACCAGUGACUUGAUUGAUUUAACAUAUACAUCUUUGUUAAUUUAUUCUGUUGCUAAUAUUAAUCUAAAAUGUUUAGAAACAGAGAUUUGUGAUAUUUUUGUUGUAUAUUUGUUUUUGUAUCUCUGGGACAUCUUC